AUGAAGUAUGAAGACUAUCUUGUGCUUAUUGAUGUAUGCAAAGAUUAUGUUAAUGCAUUCAAUGCACUAUAUAGACUCCAUACAUACGAUGAUGUUGAAAUCGAGAAAAUUUAUAGAGAAAUCAAAAAGGUAUUCAUUGACUCUGAAUUAUAUGAGCCAAUUCAGAUUCUCGAAAUAAUAUCAGAUGCUGCAAUAUACAAUAAUGGUUACUUCAAGUCAUACUGGAUGAUAUUCAAAAAGAUAUUUGAAGGAAUUGAUCAUUCUCAAAUAUACACAAUUUCAAAUCUUUUCGACUAUUUUGUGUAUAAAGAAUAUGGAAUUCUUUUCAAUGAAAAGAAGUGUAAAUUAUUUAAAUGGUAUGAUUCUUUAAAGCUUUCGACUAAUGUCCAUAAAUAUGGUUCAAUUUAUAAAGCAAUUAUGGAUGAUGAUAAAGAAUUUUUUAUUGCAUAUACACGCAAUCCUUCGUUCAAUAAAAAUCAAAAAUUACAAAGUGAAUUUUAUCCGAAUUCAGAAGAUGGAUAUACAUUACUUGAAUUAUGUUGUUAUCAUGGCGCAAUUGGUUGUUUUAAUUUUUUACUAUCAGAAUUUAAAGCAGAUAUUACAUAUCAAUGUCUUUGUCUUUCAUUUCUUGGAGGGAAUCCAGGUAUCAUAAGUGAAUGUCUGAAAUAUAGGGAUCCCGGUGAGCAAUGCAUGGAAUAUGCAAUUAUAUCUCACAAUAUUGAUUUUAUUUCUUUUCUGAUGAAUGAGAAACGCCUUCAACUUAAUUUAAAUUGUUGCAUGAAGCACUAUAAUCUUCAAUCAUUUUUAUUGCAUUAA